GGGUUACGUUUUAUCACUCAAACCUGGCAACGCAGCGGCUUGAUAAUCCCUCGCGCUGAUGCGCGCGCUCUGAACGUAAAAGCGCGCACUUUCAAAGUUAAGGUGACCGCUAGCCGACCUACAUGAUUUUCUACACGCAACUCUUCACGUCCAAGCGCGGAUCUCUAGCCAAAAUUUGGUUAGCUGCGCACAUGGAAAAGAAACUCACAAAGACCCAUGUAUUUGAAUGCAAUUUGGAAACAACCGUCAUCGACAUCAUUUCACCAAAGAUGAAGAUUGGUUUGAGGACGUCUGGUCAUCUGCUUCUUGGUGUGGUCAGGAUCUACGCCAGAAAAACAAAGUAUCUCCUUGCGGACUGUAGUGAUGCCCUGGUUAAAAUUAAAAUGGCAUUCAGGCCAGAUCAAACAGAUAUGCCUAUGGAGGAGCUAGAGGCAACACAUAAAGCAAUUACUUUGAUGGAAGAUUUCACUGCCUUCGAUGCCCAGCUGCCUCCACUAAGUAACAUAGAGGUCAUGGAUCACUUUUCACUGAAUCGGUGUCGAUCAGAGGAAAUCACUCUAAAAGAGAAUUUUGGAAAUAACUUUCUGAACUUGGCAGAAAUUGUAGAAGGUGAAUCCCAGAGCCACCACGAUGCACUACUGGAUAUGAGCUUCCAUAGCCUGACUCAAAAUGAAGAUAUGUUUGGUGAUGAGGACAGAGGACUCGACUUACUUGACUUUCUGACAAACUCCAGUGAUAAUAUCGAGUCCACCAACUUCGUUCAGGAAGAGCCCCAGAGUGAGAAUACAGAGAUCAGUACACCAACCUCUCAACAAGAUGAUGACAGAUGUGUUUCUAUGGAGGUAGCGACCCCCACGCUGAAUGAGACCGCCCUUCUUGCUAAUGAGGCAGAGGCCUUUGCACUUGAACCUGUGACCAUCACUCCAAACUCAGAGAGGAAGAAAGGAAACAGGAAACGCAGGUUGGUUGUGGACCAGACUAAAGAGCUGACUAACAAAUUCAUCACAGAGCAGCUUUCAGACUAUUCAGACCUGGUCAUCCCUUUGGACAUGGCCCCACCCACUGUGCAGCUCAUGCAAUGGAAAGACAGUGGAGCUGCAUUCAAACUGUUGGCACAACCAUGUUCCACUAUAGUAACUCCACAGAUAAAGGAGCUUUUUGCUACGAGUAUUUUCUGGGCGAAAUAUCACGGUGUUUGUGACGAGGUUGAGCUGAUGCGCCAGGAAGAACGAGAAGCUCAGAGGGAUUUAAGUGCCCUCACCACAGACACUGUUAGUGUCACAGAUUCAUCAUUUGCUGCUGAAAAAACACACAACACUGAGCUGACAAUUCCUGACGAAAUGGACAAAAACCAGCUUGUGAAUUAUUUAGAGCUCACAGAAGAAGGAAACGGGUCAGAGUUCACUCAUCCAGGGCUUCCAUCAGAAGACUCCAUGUUUGUCCACCCAUCUCACAUGGAGCAGGAGACUCUGUCAACCGCCUUCCACAGUCAGGUGCCUACGAACACACAGCCUAUGCUGAAUAGCCAGGACUCUGAAGAGAGGCGAGUCACCAGGCGAGCAGUGAAUCUUCUGAACACUCUAAAAAGCCAGAGCAACAGUGGCACCAUGUUCAGCCUGGAGGCGCUCUGUGAAGGGGGCACUCGCUCACACGCUGCAACCACUUUCUUCUCUCUCCUUGUCCUGAAAAAACAACAAGUCAUCCACCUGGACCAGAGAGCUCCCUAUGAGGACAUCAUUGUCACACCUGGACCUAUGUUCUACAGUUAGUAAAACACAUCACUUUGCCCCUGGAAAGUGUAGGUUCAGUAUUUUAAACUGCUUGCAAAGAAAAACUAACUUGAUGCUGGAUCACAAACAUUUGUAUCAGGGUAUCUGCAGGUCUCUCAAAGCAGUCUUAAAAAGCAUUUCAUUCAUUUUAAUUAAAAAAAAGCCUUGAUGAUAUUAAAGGGCAGAAAUUAUUCAUGCAAAUAUCUUUGAUCAUAUCACCUGCUGUUUUCUUAUUCUUCAUUUUGUUCAUCCAAUUCAAAACUCGGAUGUUUUUAUUGCAUGUGACCAAGAAAGCUGCACAUCUUUACAUUUUGAAUCUAAGUCUGGGAAAAAAAGAAGUUGUUUUUACCUAGGGAUGAUUAAUUGAUUACCAAUAGGUGCAGAUUUUUUUUUCAUUGACUAAAUGAUUAGUGAACUUGAUCAAAUUGUUGCAGCUGUAAAAAAA